AUGACAAACCUAGUAAAGCUGAACUGUGGGGUGCAACACUAUGACUGGGGAAAGGCAGCAGCCGAUAGUUUUGUUGCCCGGAUGAAGCAUGAGACCACAAGUGAUAAAAAGUUCGCAGAAUUGUGGGUUGGGACGCAUGUGAAUUGCCCUUCACGUUUGUUGUCUGGAGAGUUGUUGUCGGAUUUCUUGCGUCAACCCGCAGUGGCCUCACAUUUCUUUUCUCCAAUACAACAAAAGCAACCAGAGUUUCGGGAUACUGUGCCAUUUUUACUUAAAAUACUUUCCAUUCGGACAGCACUUUCUAUUCAGGCACAUCCUAACAAGAAACUCGCAGAAAAGUUGUUUAGGGAAAACCCAAGUAAAUACAAGGAUCCAAAUCACAAGCCGGAAUUAAUUGUGGCCCUCACUCACUUUGAAGCCCUUUGCUGCUUUCGUCCACUAAAGGAUAUUCUUAACAUGCUGCAGGCUGUACCAUCAUUAACUACAUUGUUGAGUGUAUCCAUCGCAAAUGUGAAAAACAUGAGUGAAAAGGAGGCUAUAAAAAGUUUGAUGACGCACAUGUACACUCUUGAUGCGGAGGAACACACGAAAGCAUUACGAGAACAUGCGGCAGCUGUAUCAAAGAAAGGUAAAUCCGCCUCUACAGAAGAUUUGAUUUUUCUCCGCCUCAUGUCUCAAUACCCUGAUGAUAUUGGUUGUUGGAUGAUUUACUUUCUCAACUAUGUGCAGAUGGAACCUGGUGAGGGUUUAUUUCUCUCCGAUAGUGAACCACAUGCCUAUCUCUUUGGUGAUGGUGUAGAAAUCAUGGCAAGCAGUGAUAAUGUUGUGCGUGCUGGUCUUACGCCAAAGUGGAAGGAUGUCCCAACGUUAUUAUCUAUGCUGAAAUAUAGUACGAAUGGACUCGAACAGGCAUUUUACUCACGUUAUCAGAAUCCUGACAAGGAAGGAUGGGAAGUACAACAGUACUGUCCACCACAAGAAUUUCCUGAAUUCUCUCUUUAUCGUAUUGAAUAUUCCGGUCAAUCCAAGGGAGAAACAUGUAUCUCAAUACCAACCAUUGGUUUGGGAUUCUGUUUGGCUGGUGAAUGUGUUGUGAAUGGAACUCCCGUUGUAGAAGGAGAUUGCUUUGCAGUUCCCUACGGAUCCGUAACGUGCAGUGCGAAUGGACAUUGUUUGCUGUUUAUAGCAUCCAUGAAUAAUAUUUUUGAUAAAAUUUCGAAAGUGUGA